AUGCCUUAUGUAAACUUAUUAAAAGAUAUUCUUCCCAGAAACAAAAUUUAUGUAGUAGCCGUUUCGGGCGGACCUGACAGCAUGUUCCUUCUGGAUAACCUGCGGGUCGGGAAUUACCAAAUAAUCGUGGCUCAUGUCAAUUACCACCGGAGAAUUGACAGCGACUACGACGAGAGUUUGGUUCGAGUUUAUUGCCAAAAAAAUUCUCUACCUCUCAAAGUAUACUCAGUGAAAGAGGCUGUAGCUCACCACCAACAAGACCACUUAGAAACUUACUGGUGGCAAAAAAACCGCCAGAGUUUAGUAGACUAUUGGGGUUUGCCAGUUAUUACACAACAAGGACAAUUUCGUAUUUUCCGCCCUCUUUUAUCGCUUGCCAAAGAGCAAAUAAUUCAGUAUCUCCACGAGCAAAAAAUUAGUUAUGCGGUUGAUAGCACUAACCAACUACCGCUUUAUCAACGCAAUAUUUUUCGUCGGCAAAUCACCAAUUUAAAUAUUACCGAGCAAGGUGAAUUACUAAAAGCAAUUAGAGAAAACAACCAAGAACUAGAAAAAAUGAAAUUGCUGGUUAAGCAGCAAAAAAAAUAUUUUUGUCCUUCCCGCUUGGCUACUGGUGGAUUACUACUUCACCGCAAAAAAAAACUUCUGGCUGAGAUCUACAAACAAUUAUUUCUUAGUCCCAAAAAUAACCUUCGGCUCGAAGGAAAGACGAAAACUAAAACACUCUUCUUAAAAUUUAUUCACUAUCUUUGUCCCUUAAUUCUUGCCAUUCAGCCCGGGACUUUAACCACCGCACCAAGCAAAACAAAGUGGCCAGAAAAAAAAUG